AUGCGUCCCACUGACUUGGAAGAAGAAUGGCAAAUGCUCGAGGGAAUCCGAUCCAAUCUUUAUGGAGCAAUUCAGCGUGUUGUCAAAGAGGCGGACCCUACAUACGACCUUCUCUGCUCUGAGCUCGACAGUCUUCUUGUAUCAGUACCGACCGACCGAGACGUCGACCGAGAAACUAUACAAGACUUCAAAGCGGAAAUAAAAAAGCUUUACAAUAUUGUUGAUCCAAUUGUAAGGCGAACUUCGCUCAACAGUCCAGCCUUUCUAGAUGUUCAGACAGAUCGUGAGCAACCCGAAGCUGGUCCAACUACGCUUGGGCAACUGUCGCUCAGCGAUGCAAAAGCUAUUCUUUCACGACUUAUCUCAUUCAAGGAUCACUUACAGUCCAUCUUCUGCGCUUGUCUCCAUGAAACAGCAACUGCGGCGCAUUAUCCCGAGCCGUGUUCUACAGCUUUCUUUGAGAUGAAGAGGAAACUAAUAGGCUCACUUUUUGAGAACACCAUCUGGCGUAUGAAUGACUGCGAAAAAUCAGCCGACCAUCAUCUGCUCCUGCAGGGAGACGGCCUGAACUGGAACACUGAGUCUGGAUGGUCAAUUUCCUUGUUACUUUCUUUUUGCCAGGAUUCCACCGAGUGGCAUGAAAUCAAAUGCCUAUUAAAUGAGUAUGUCGACCCCAUCUUUGCAUCAACCCUGUCAUUGAACUCCAAUCUGAUCAAGACCAGAAACCUGCCACGAAGCAAGCAUAAGAAAAUGACGCGUAGACCUCUGCGAAGCCUCUGCGAGGGCAUCACUGAUGCACAACAAUUCGAUGAGGUUCUGGAUCUUUUUCCACACCAAGGAAGACUUUAUAAGCAGCCAUUGGAACAGACGCGUGCUCAAAGUCGGGCCGUGGCGGAGGUGAAAACAUUGGACAAAUUGAUCAAAGAAGAUCGUCUUUCCCCUUCUAUGGAACCAGAUACGUUGGACGGCAUAUUUACGCUUCCGCAAAAGAGACAGCUCUCUUUGAAUCUCAGCUGGUGUUUUCUGUAUCUUUUCGACUGCUCUUGGAUACGAAAUGGCUGGUCCGCAGAUAAUAUCUCGUUGAUAUCAUCGAUGAAUGCACCCUCAAGCAUUCCAGAGUUCAAUGCGCCCCCUUACAUCAGCUGUGGCCUACACUGCAUCUCGUCUGAAAAUGACAGUAGUAGCCUAGGCAGCGUAGAGGGGGACAGCGUAUUUCUUGCUCUGGGUAAACUUCUCGUGGAAAUACACCUGGGCAGGCGGAUUAGCACAACAGUGAGCAGUGAAAUAGAGCCUUACAGUCUCUGGUUGACUCUCAACAAAAUUCUGAAAGGGCCAAGUUUGAGCUAUGCAACUUCAUACUAUGCCCUAGCUAUUCAAGGCUGUCUCGACCUGUACAGGUCCUCUCGCGACAUGGAGCCGGAAGAAAAGAUACUGGAAUUGCCAGAUCUCAUCUACGCACAAAUAAUUAUUCACCUGGAGGAAGACUUCAAACAAUAUUCCAAACGCUUAAAGGAAUAUACAAACAGUAGAUGGUCGAGCAUCCAACCUGAGAAGAGUGGGACUGUCGCAGGCCGGGGGCCAAAGAAGACGUUGAAUAGCCCCCAGAUUGCAUCAGAGAAUUCUAUCACGACAAGUAGAUGGGCUACUCGAUCUAAUUGGCUUGCAGGUUCCAUCACAACUCCUAGCUUCCCUUCUGAAUCCGCUGGCUUAAUCCCGAUAAUUAAUGAUCUAGAACACGAUAUGGUCGCAUCCGAGCCGUCUGUAUCCUCGUCUAAAUAUUUUCUCAACAAGAUGCAAACAUUCCUUGCUUCCAAUCUUCCUACAAACUGUGCAACUAAGCAUGUCAAGAUAUGUAUUAUCGAUACUGGAAUCGACAUGAAGCAUCCAAGCUUGAGAGGGGCAAAGAAACGAAUAGAAAAGAUGUGGGACUUUAAGGGAGAUACCAUGGACCUCAAAGAUGACACCGGCCAUGGAACGAAUGUAGCAGAGCUCAUCCUGAGGCUCGCACCUGAAGCCGCUAUAUGUGUUGCUAAAGUUGCUGUCGCGAAGACAAUGGCCCAAGGGGAUACGAAACUAAUUUCUGAAGCCAUACAUUGGGCACUGCAGCAAGAUGUUGAUAUUAUUUCACUCUCUCUCGCUCUUGAUUCCCUAGAUCCAGCAAUCGACUGGGCUAUCAAAAAGGCUAUUGCAGCUGAUAAAAUUAUAGUUGCAGCAGCAGGGGAUAAUAGUGGGAACAACCAGUUGCGGGCAUACCCGGGCAACAAUCGCAACGUGCUAUGCAUUCAUGCCUCGAAUGGCAAGGGGAAGGAUGGAGGACUCUCACCAAGAGCCUUGAGCAAUGACGACAACUUCAUGACUCUAGGUAUGCAUAUUCCAUUGAUUUGGAAAGGUGAAACAGUCAUUAGGUCCGGGACAUCGCUCGCAACGGCGGUGGCCGCGGCAAUCGCGGCGGAUAUUCUCGCCAUUGUCCCGGAGGUGGUUCAUCUAACCGUUGACCAGCUAAAGCGUCUUCGUUCGAGUGAUGGGAUGCGCCUUAUGUUUAGACUACUUAGCAUGAACGCGGACAAUGGAUAUAGUUACUUUGCGCCUUGGAUCUUGUGGGAUGGGACGAAUUCAGAGGAUUACAUUCGGGAGCAAAUCUUGAAUGCAUUAAAACGAUAG